AUAGAGUGGAUAGAGGAAUAUUCUCUAAAUAUACUCAACGGAACUGAAAUGUGCUCAAGAUGGUGUAUUGUUACAGAUGGUAGAUAUUCCGUAGAAAGUGAUCGUGUCAUCACUAACGACGGACAGACGAUCUACCCCAGGUUUCGUGCUGUCGUAUACGCCACAGGUCGUGAUGAAUCGUUCUUAUACCGAGCAGGAUCAAGCGAUAGAACAUUGAACGAUAUUUCGGAAUCGGAUAGUGCUACGAAUACACGUCGACUCCAAGUUUUGAUCAACCCUCAUUUCGUCACGGUAAAGGCCACUGAACUCGUCGUAUCCUGGGUUAUAAGAGAGGAUGGGGUUGGUCUCUUCGAUGGAUGUACUGCACUUAUUACAGAAGGCUGCAACACUCGAUCGGUCAGUAUCAACACCGAACCACCAGUUAGCCUCUCGGGGCUUCUUCCACGAACCACGUACUCCGUCAAAAUCAAUUGUUCAAACAACUUCGGAAUCCAUGACUGGAUUGAUUUUCCACCCGAGACUACUUUAAAAGCUGAAGAUCCGCCCAGUGGAAUGAAGUUUACACUUAUAAUCACAUCAGUCUCUGGCAUCCUACUCCUCAUCAUCAUGGUGAUAAUAAUCUCCGUCAUUGGAUCCAUCAUCUAAAGACGUAAAAGGUAGUGAUAUUUAUAACAAUAACUUGCCUAUAGAACACAUACCAAUGGAAGUGUGGAGGCGUGGAGGAGUCUUCAAACGAAACCCAGAAAAAGUGGAGUAAACAAACCCCUUACCCGAUACAACCAACUUCCUGUACAACAACCAGCAGAAGAUAUCUACGAAACCCCUGACCCUCUACAUGAGGAUGAUGAAUAUUAGGGACGUUCCAUAGUUAAAAUAAAUCCAUUAAAUUUUCACCAGAUUUCACACAGAGUUAGUUGUCACCUGAAUAUUCAAAAUAUGCAAAAUCGACAGCAUGAAUUUCAUGUGCUUAUUUUUUGCUUUCCGAUUUAAUUGGAGUUCACCUAGUUGGAUGUUCUUAGAAAUUGCGCGUACAAAAUAUUUUGGAAUUUUUAGACCUCACAAGAUUACUACAUUGUGUUUGCUUAGGCAAAAUACAUGUAUAUUGUAUCAAAUUUUAGGGAAUAAUUCAGAAUUAUAUAUUUGAGAUCGAGAAUUAAUUCAUAUUGCUAUUCGUUUUCCCUCAUAAGGCU